AUGUACCUGCAACCAAACGCCUACUGCCAACCAAACGUUUCCAACUCUGACAGCAUUCAAGACCUGGAGAGGGCACGUGUGGACGCAAUGAGCGCCCAUGCAGUGCCGCUCCGUGAAGAGCGGCGUGCCGCGGGGGUUGACGUGGUGAGAGGGCCGGUCAAGAUGGUCCGCUUCGGUGACGGCGCCCCCACGGCUCCUUUCUUCCGGAGCAGCAAGUCACAGUUCCACAGCGACGUAAACAGCAGGAGUCGGAUCGAGAGCUUCACCGGAACGGACCCUCUCAGCCACAGGGACGCGCAUGAGCCGCCCGGCGCCCUCUUCAAGCCCACCCCGAACGUCAACACGGGGGCAAACAUGGUAGACGCAAGAGAAGCACAGCUCCAGCACGUCACAGUGAGCACAUUCAGGAACAACGAGGCCCCCGUACAGGGUCAGAUUGUUGGCCCCGGCAUCGGCCUUCCACCUGACGCACCUCCUUCCGGCGGGUUUCACCCCUUCCUCCGCAUCCUGCCCGACAACGUGGGGCAGUAUCGGAACAACCUGCCAGGGGGGCUGAUCGUUGGGGGCCAACCAAUCACCGAAGGCCCAACGCGGUACGAUGCAGUGCCAUCGCACAAGGCUCCAAAGACAUCAAUGGAUGUGGGGAGAAAGAGGCCCGGUGUCGCAACUUCCGCCCCUUACAUCGGCAAGAUGCUGCGCCCGGACGUUCUCUCCACGAUGCAGGAGCAGAGCAGGUCUGUCCCGAUCACAAACUUACCAGGGCCGCCGGGCAGGUCGGACGCGAGCGCCACCAUCCAGAGGUUCGACGCAUGGGAGAGGGACGGGCGCCCCAGGAACGUGGAUCCAAACGCGUACUUUGCCUCCUCUGCAGGUGCCAACUAUGCAGGUGUGGCCGGCCCUGGGGGUUAUGCUGAUGGCACAAACACGCACCAGGCAGGUAAGAGGGAGGUCCUUCUGGGCGAGCACGGCUUUGCAAACAUGGCAUCAACGGUGGCUGCAGAAAAGGGGGAAGUCCGCGAUGGUGCCGUGCUCAGGAGCACGCUGCGGUCAAAGGCAGUAGGUGAGGGGUAUGCGGGCAAUCCGGUAGGGGCCCACACGAGGCAGGUCAAGAGGGAUUGGAUCGGAGAAGACGGCAGGAAGGUGCGCCAAACAGGACGGGCCACGCUGGGAGACACCAGCUACACUGGGAACAAGCUGGGGCCCAACCCACGGGGCCCAAACUUUGGCAGCAUCGAGCUGCCCCCACCAAGAGCAGACCGCUCCCAAGGCCCCGGGCCCCAGGCACGGCUGACUGGGAUGAUGAGCGCCGCAACAAUCGGAGGAGACACAAGGCACAAGCCACCAGGGCUCGUUACGCGAGAGGGGCUCCCUACCGAUCAGAGGGUCGCAUACUCUCGAGACCUGGGGGAGCUCACCUCUUACAAGCAGCCUGCUGAGACGCCCCACUCGAGAUUCUCGGACCUGGGGGUGGCAAAGAGACAGCUUGCAAACAACCCAUAUGCCCUCAGCAUCACAGACGUGUACAGUGGCCGCAAUCUAAUCAAUUGA